GGCCAGGCUAAGCCCAAGCCGGUAUGUAUCAAACGCCCUCUAUGCUCCAAUUGAGUGAAAUCUGGACAUUUCUGCGACGGCUACCGCCCGAGAUGUGUUUGUUUCUUCAACCAUUAAUGGCUGUCAGGGAAGAAGUUGCCCAAUCGUCACGACUUGCAGCAUGGAGGUGAGGCUGUUUGACAAAGAGAUGAUUCUUGAGAGAAUUCUCUUUGAGCGGGAAUGAUUCACAAUUGGGAGAUAACCACACCCCAAGCAUCACUACCGAGCACUACUAACAUCUAGGCUAAAAGGAAGGCGCCUGCCAAAAGCACCCAGGAGCCUCCAGCGAAGAAAAAGACCCCAGAAGCAGAGUACAUCGACGUCGGAUCUGAUGACGACUUUGGUGAUGACGAUUUCGACGAUAUUAUGGAGGUGACGGAGGUUGAGCCUCCCAAGAAACCUGCAAAGGUUGCGGCUUCCCCAAAGAAGUCUGAAAAGGAAGUAGUUUCGCCCAAAAAGACUCCCAAAACCGCCGCUUCCCCCAAAAAGACUCCUAAAACCACUGGUUCCCCCAAGAAAGCGCCCAAAGCAGCACAGCCAGCUGGAAUGACCGCUGACGACGUGCUACAAAACAUCCCUGACGCUGUAUUGCCAGAAGUAGACGAGGACAAGAAGUUCAACUUCUUUGCCAAGUCAAAAGACGAAUCGGGAGCAAGUUCCAUGAGCAUUGAUAUUCCUGAAGCCCAGCCAAAUUGUCUUUCAGGGCUCACGAUAGUGUUCACAGGCGUGUUGCCGAGGUUGGACAGAGACGCUUCCGAGAACCUCGCCAAAAGAUACGGUGCUAAGGUGACCAAGUCUAUUUCAGGCAAGACCAGUUUGGUGGUUAUUGGAGAUGAAGCUGGGCCCUCGAAGGUCAAGAAGAUCAAACAAUUGGGGGUCAAGGCCAUUGACGAGGAUGGUUUCAUCCAACUUUUGAGAAGCAUGCCCAUGGAAGGAGGCGACGGUGACGCUGCAGUGAAAGCACGUUUGAAGAGAGAAGAGGAGGAAUUGAAGAUCAUCGAACAGGCAAGACAAGAUGAGGAAAACGAACGGAAACAGGAGGAGCAGAGGAAAAUAGCACAAGCCAAAAGGCUCCAAGAACAAGAAAGGGCCCAAUCUCAAGCUGCUUCACAGGGCCAGGCCUCCAGACAACCUCCAGAACAAGCCAAAGUGGUGCCAAACGAGGAUAAAUUAUGGACAGUGAGGCAUGCACCAAAGGACGUCACCCAGCUUUGCGGUAACAAGGGCCAGAUCCAAAAAUUAAAGACUUGGUUGACUAAUUGGUUCGACAACUCCAAGAGGGGAUUCAAGGAUUCCGGUACUGAUGGAGCGGGAUUCAGAGCCUGUUUAAUAUCGGGCCCCCCUGGUAUCGGAAAAACCAGUGCAGCCCACUUAGUUGCAAAGGAAUUGGGGUUCGACAUAUUGGAGAAGAAUGCGUCCGAUGUGAGAUCGAAGUCCUUAUUGAAUGCUAACAUCAAGUCGGUCUUAAACAACACCUCAGUUAUGGGCUUCUUCAACAAAGAGGAUUCGGCCAAUGCCAAGUCUAAGACCAAAUUCUGUCUUAUUAUGGAUGAAGUGGAUGGUAUGUCCAGUGGAGAUCAUGGAGGUGCGGGUGCGCUUUCUGCAUUCUGUCGUAUUACCAAAAUGCCCAUGAUUUUGAUAUGUAACGAUAAGUCGCUUCCCAAAAUGAGAACCUUUGACCGGGUGACAUUCGACUUGCCAUUCAGAAGACCCAGUGAAACUGAAGUCAAAUCAAGGCUCAUGGCGAUUGCUUUCAGAGAAAAGGUCAAGCUAGACCCUACCGUGAUUGGCCAAUUGGUUCAGGCCACCAGUAAUGAUAUGAGACAAAUGAUAAACUUAUUGUCUACUGUGUCCAAGACCCAGAAGGUGAUUGGGGCGGAUCAAGCCAAAAGUGCUGCCAGCAGUUGGAAGAAACAGACCAUCUUGAAACCUUUUGAUAUCACUGCUAGAUUAUUGAAUGGCCAAAUUUAUCUUCCGGGUUCAAAUCAUAGUUUGAACGAUAAGAUCGACCUUUAUUUUAAUGAUAUCGAUUUUGCACCUCUCAUGAUACAAGAAAAUUACUUGCUGACCAGACCCAUGAAUUGCAAGACUGGAUUGGAGCAUUUGGAGAGAGUUGCAUCAGCCGCAGAUGACAUCUCACAAUCAGACAGAGUCAAUUCAUUGAUCCGGUCCAGUGAGCAGCAGUGGAGUUUGCUCCCGUUCCAUGGAGUAUUAUCUUCCGUGAGCCCCAGUGCAGCGGUGGCAGGCAAUGUGUCCCAGCGGAUCAAUUUUGCUGGAUGGUUGGGGCAAAAUUCCAAGGCUAUGAAAUACCAAAGAAUCUUGCAGGAAUUGCAAUACCAUACCAGAUUACGGACUUCUACUGAUAAAAAGGAGUUGAGAUUGGACUACUUGUCUGUGCUUGCCAAGAGGCUCAGCAACCCCAUCUUGACUCGAGGUGAGGAGGGAAUUGAGGAAACCAUCAAUGUCAUGGACUAUUACUAUCUCACCAAAGAGGACUGGGACUCGAUUCUCGAUCUAGGUGUGGGCGAGUCCCGAGGCGAGCUUGUUGCCAAAAAGAUCCCCACCAAGGUCAAGACUGCGUUCACCAGAAAGUAUAAUGGUGGGGUGCAUCCUACUGCCAUCUAUAAGACAGGAAAUUCGUUGGCUUCGGCAGCGAAGAAGAGUAGCGUGGACUACGAGGAUGUGAUAGAGGACGAUACCAACGAAAAGGAGGAGGCAGAAGAGGAGGAUAGCGACAAGAUCGACGAGAAGAAGGAUAAACUUAUCAAGAAAAAGGCUAGCAAGGCCAAACCCAAGGCCAAACCGCGAGCCAAGAAGGCGAAGUAGAGGAUUGUUGGCGUUGGAGAGGCGAGUAUCUGAAGAACGAGCUUAGAGGCAUCUGAAGAAGGAGCUUACAGCCGAAUAUUCUGAAGAAAGAGCCCUUCCUGCUUAGAGCCGGAUAUUGUUGUUUAAAAGGGUCUCAUCCGUGCUUACGGCCGAUUUUUCAAACAAUGACAGUCUUACUGCUUGAGCCGAUUUCUGACCAAGUGUCAUUUCCUGCUUAGAGCCGAUUAUUCUGACGAAAGGUGAUCUGCUUGGCCAUCUCGAACAAAGAAAGUCAUCUGCCUCGAGCCGAUUUUCACAAUUCCAUUCGGCUUCCAGCCGUCUCUACAUCCCAUCCUUUGAGCCGACUUUUCACAAGUGUCUCCAUUCAUAUCCAUCCCUACCCAUUUUGCUAACGAGUGCUCUCCUCGUGCCUAGAGCCGAUCUCCAUGCCUCCUGGCGAACUGACAGUGCCGAAAUAAACUUUGAACAAGGCUUAGGCCAGAAAAUUGCACUAGC